AUGGCCAGCCCCAAGUCGCCCAGAAGCCCGCAAGCCGGUCCCUCCGCCUCUUCAACGGCUUCUCUGUCGGAGAGCAUAUUCGACUACCGCAACAUCCACGGCCGGACGUUCCAGAACUCCAAGACGACCGAGUACUGGGGUCCAAACGACGACCGCCAGAACAAUGGGCUCGACAUCUCGCACCACUUUGUCACCAUGCUGCUCGGCGACAAGCUGUUCGAGGCCCCCAUCAAGGAGCCCCCGAAGAAGGUGCUCGACGUCGGCACCGGAACCGGCAUCUGGGCCAUUGACAUGUCCGACGCCUAUCCGUCUGCCGAGAUCAUAGGAACCGACAUCAGCCCCAUCCAGCCGACGUGGGUGCCGCCGAACUGCAUCUUCCACCUCGAGGACGCGCAGCUCGAAUGGACGUAUCCGCCGGAGUCGUUCGACUUCAUCCACAUCCGGGCGCUCUACGGCAGCAUCGCCGACUGGGGCGAGCUGUACAAGCAAGCCUACAAGGCGCUGAUGCCGGGUGGCUGGAUCGAGGACUUUGAGUUCAACAUCACGCUGAUGAGCGACGUGCCCGAAGUCCGCGACGAUCCCAAGCACAUCUUCAAGCGCUGGGCAGAGGUUUUCACCGAGGCCGGCGUGCGCAUGGGGCGAACGCUGCUCAUCGGCACGGGCGGCAGGAUGCGCAAGCUGAUGCAGGAGGCGGGCUUCGUCGACGUGAUUGAGAAGAACUACAAAGUGCCGAGCGGCCGAUGGAGCAGCGAUCCCACGAUGAAGCAGAUUGGCGCGUACAACCUCGCCUUUCUCGACGAGAGCCUCGAGGGGUUCGCGCUCUUUAUGCUCAAGGAGAUCAUGGGGUGGGAGUACAUUGAGGUGCAGCUGUUCGUCGCAGAGAUGCGCAAGGCCAUCAACAACCCCAAGAUCAGACCAUACUACAUCCUGUAA